AUGAUUCAACUUGACAAUUUCGCCACCGGCCCUGAUGAGGUGACUGAGGUUUACCAGCGAUGCAUUCUUGUGUCUGGAACAUGCAGCACUACGUCAUCCCUGGAACAAGACGAGGGCAGUGUUGUGGUCAAUGUUUCAGACGACGGGGGUCAGCCUCUUUUCUCUGAGCAAAGAUGGCCCAUGUGCCAGGGCAAUUUCAAGGCUCUCGUUCUGCUCUCCCCAGGCCCGAACAAGAUCACCGUCACUACUAAGGACAGUGAUUCCAUCGAGCUCUCCGUCCGCUACGUCCCCCUUCUACAAACACCACCCCUCUACCUAGCCAUCAUGAUCGCCAAGGACUCCCCCCUCCUCAUCGACUGCCCUCCCGCCAAGUUUGGCGGCCUCUCCAGCGCCCACUCGAGCCUCGCCGCCGCCAUCGCCAAGUUCCGCAUCACCGCCUACAUGUGGCAAGCCCUAACUGCCGAAGACCUCCGCGCCAAAGGUCUCGGCCGGCGCGCAUUCCGCCUCGAAGAAGAAUGGACAACCGACACCCUCACCCAGCCCUCCCUCCACAACCCCCAAGCCACGGGCUCCGUGCCUAAAAUCCACCUCGUACGCACCGACAAAACCGUCUCCGAACUCCGCGACGCCAACCUCGCCCAGCAGAACCCGCGCGCCAACCGCGCCGACGAACUCCACACCAUUUUCGAACAGGCCCUCCUCGCCCACGGCGCCCCCUUCACCACCCACACCCGCCCCAUCGUCGCGGGGCUCAUCCUCGACUCCCAUUAUGCCGUCCCUGCCGGGGGUGCAGGCCCCAACAAAUCCCAGCAAACUUCAACCCCCUAUAUCCUCGCCCACGCCGCUCUCGGCGCCCAUCACCCCUCAGGCUUGUCCCUCGGCAUCUUCGGCAGUCAUCUAACCUACUCCUGGCCGCGGUACCUUGAGGAAAUACCCUCGUGUCUGUUGGAUGCCACGCCGCCUGGUGACACGGUGGGAAAUGAUAACGGCGAGUGUACGAGUAUGGCGCGGGCGUGUGCGGUCGGGCAGGGCGCGUUUUUGCAUGAGGACGGGGUUGGGGGUGGGUUGACGUUGGAUCUGGCGUGUGACGCGGGGAUUGCAGAGGUGAGGUUUACCUCGAAGGACAAGGCGGCUGUGGUCGAUGAGGAGAAAGCGUCGAUCGCCAACCCGGUGAAGAAGUUGAGUUAUCGAUGGGAUGAUAUUGGGAAGCGCUUCGUACGAUGGAAGCCGCUAGCCCUCCAAGUCACAGCCAUGAACGGCCAGCAAUACACGGCGACAAAUAUCUGGAACAUGUCUAGGAACCGAGCCAGCAUCCGCAUUCCGGGAACCGACAUCCGCUUGCUUCAGCAGUCCGUUGAUGGCGACGGGCUCCCGCACCACGAAGAGGAAACUUGGACAUGGGCUGUUCUGUUCAAGAAGCGCGAUGCCCAAGGCAAACUCGUCCCCGCCACCAAGAUCGACAUCCGUGUCGGUUGUGGCCUUGAUGGUGCUGUGGUGUACUACAAGGAUGGGUCCAAGGUUCCUUGCGGUCCACGAGGCGAGAGCAACGACAACGACCCGCACAUGGGCGGCCAUCAAGCAAGAAUGCUGGCUCUGCCCCAGGACGCAGAAGUUACCAAGGUCGCUGUCGAGACGCUCGUCCCGUCAUCGAACCACAAGAUUAUUGGCUUCUGUGGUGUGAGCGGGACGUGGGGAAUGUGCAAUCGCUUUGGGAUCAUCACGGCCCCGAGGGAUGUAGCGCUCCCCGACACGGUGUACGACAUGGAAGAGUUGCAAAACAGGCCAGCCAAGGACCGCACGACCCAGCACCGGAAUAAGAGGCGCCGGCUAGAUGAGGACCACGACGAAGACGAGCAGAUGGGCGAGAGCUCCACGGAGGACAAUGCGGAUACGGACGACGAGUCUUGUGAUUCGGAGGGGGAAGAUGCUAAUUAUGAUGAUGGGUCGGACUCGGAGGUUGAAAGGGUUUACCAGCGUGGGUGA